GCAAGCGCCGCUUCUCUUUCUCUCUCUAAAAUCUCUCCAUCGCCAUAGCCAUAGCCAUAGCCAGACCUUCGUUGUUCUUCACCUUCAUCAAAACUCUACCAAUUAUCGACUUCUGUUCUUGAAGAAAAAAUGGAGGAAUCAUCAUGUUCGACAAACUUACCUCCAUGGCUCGAAUCUCUUCUCUCUGAAAAAUUCUACAAUGCUUGCAUAAUUCACCACGAUGCAAAAAAGAACGAGAAAAACAUAUUCUGUCUUGAUUGUUGCGAGGGUAUUUGCCCUCACUGUCUCACUCCUCAUGGCUCUCAUCGUCUCCUACAGAUAAGGAGGUAUGUGUAUCAUGAUGUUAUUAGGGUUGGAGAUGCUGAGAAAUUAAUGGAUUGUUCUUAUGUUCAGUCUUAUACAACAAACAGUGCGAAAGUUGUGUUUUUAAAUCCAAGGCCUCAAACUAGAGCAUGUAGAAACAUAAACAAUGGCUGCAUCAGCUGUGACAGAGCUCUGCAAGACCCAUAUCUCUUCUGCUCUAUCUUCUGCAAGAUUAGUCAUAUCCUAAGAAGCGAGGGAAUGAUGUCUGAAUACUUACACGACUGCGAGGUGCUCACGUUGCCGGAGCUAGGAUUUGACGACGGUUUAAUGACGCCUGAUUCGGUUCUUGAACCGUUCAUUUCUCUGCGGACUUCAUCUGGGUCAAGCGCGAGCUGCGGGGCUCCCGGCGGUGGAUUCGACUGCCGGACAAUUGCAUCCACUGCCACCACUGAGAUUGUGAGGAAAAAGAGAAGCUCGAAGUCGGCAAUUCGUGCGGCGGCGUGUCUCCCAGUUAAUUCACAGCCGUCGGAAUUAUUGGGGAACCGCCGAAAAGGUGUCCCACGCCGGUCGCCUUUCCAUUGAAUAAUUCCGGUCAGAGUGGUAGCAAUGAUAGAGUGUAAGGGGGUGUAGGGCUAGGAUAUGGACUUGCGAUACAGCAACGGUCAAGAUCUAUUUGACUUUAAUCUAACGGAGGAUAUUUUAGUUCACUUGAUGAAGCCUGCACAAAAGUAACCAGGACCAGGGGACUGGUAAAAUACUAAUGGUGAGGGCAUAAUUGUUAUUUCCAAAGCUUUCUAAAAAUAGUUGUAAAAUGAUAGAACUUAUAGAUAAGUACUUCUAGUUUUGUAUAUUUCACAUACAACCCCUCGGUUUUUUCAUUCUCUAUUCUUGUGAUAUGGGUUCGUACUUCGUAGUAUCCAAUGUAACGUAUUUUUAUGCCUAAAA